UUGAAAUUGCUAAUUAUUUGUAUCUUCUCUAGUUCCGGUUUUCGUGGUUCAAAAGUUUUGGAAUAUUUUUUGCUCCCUUAAAAAUUAAAAACCAGUUUUUAAAAGUAUUUUUUCUUCAACCUUUUGUUGAGUGACUUUGCUGGGAGAAGUGGCUGGCUGCGAUAAGCCGUGCUUUGUUUGCUAGCAAGUAGCUGCAAGUUAUCUACGUAAGCGGCAAUGGGUCGUCGUCUAGAUUUGCAGAAGCCCAAAAAAGGCCCUGGUCGGAAAGCCAAGAAGCAGAAGGAUCCGGCGGUUCCAGCGAGAAUAAGAGAAUUGGAAGCGCAUAUCGAUGCGGAAUCAGGGGAGCCUAAAAUUCUUGGCAGCCGUGCAAAAAAGCGCGCUGCUAAGAGAAAAGCCAAGGCUGAACAGCUGCUGGCGAAGCGGAAAAAGCCUGACGACGACGAAGAGGAUGCCGAUGAUGAAGAAGCGCCACAUAAUGGACGGAAGCGUCCGGCGACAGAUAAGAAAAGAGUCGAUCAAGAUAGCUUUCGGAAAUCCAAGACUGAUGAUGUCGACUCGGAUGACUUCGGAAACGAUGCUGGAGAAGAGCAAGACUACGGUUCCGACGGUGAAAUGCCCGACGACUUUUCGGAUCAGUCCUUUGAGGAGUCUGAUGGCGAGGGAAAUGCAGACACCGGUCGAGAGUCUGCUGAGGAUGAGCAUCCAUCAGCAGAAGAGCUUUCACAAAAAGACAGAUUUAUUUUACCGGAUGAGCCACAGAUGGAGAACGAAAAGCAAAAGCAACCUGAACUGGCUGCGAUCGAGCAGAGGAUUCAAGAAAUUUUGGUUGUAUUAGGAGAUUUCCAAAAUCUACGGCAGCCGGGACGGAAACGAAAGGAAUAUCUUGAUGUCUUGAGAAACGAUUUGUGUUUAUAUUAUGGAUACAAUGAAUUUCUUAUGACAAAGAUUAUGCAGUUGUUUCCCGUGCCCGAGGUGCGGGAGUUUCUGGAGGCUAACGAAGCGCCGCGACCAAUGACAAUUCGUACGAAUUUGUUGAAAACGAGGAGACGUGAUCUUGCUCAGGCAUUGAUUAAUCGAGGCGUUAAUUUGGAUCCUUUGGGUGACUGGACCAAAGUUGGUUUGGUGGUAUACGAUUCGCAAGUGCCUAUGGGGGCGACGCCGGAGUAUUUGGCUGGACAUUACAUGCUCCAAGGGGCUUCGAGUUUGUUACCGGUGAUGGCAUUGGCCCCACAAGAAGGCGAACGCAUUCUGGACAUGUGUGCUGCUCCUGGCGGGAAAACUACCCACAUUGCAUCGCUGAUGAAAAAUACGGGGGUGAUUUACGCCAACGAACCCAGCCGAGAUCGCGCGAAAGCCGUGAUCGGAAAUGUCCAUCGUAUGGGUGUUACUAACACUCUCGUGUCGUGCAUAGACGGAAGAAAGUUCACUAAAACUACUCAAUUGUUUGAUCGAGUUUUACUGGAUGCCCCAUGUAGCGGAACCGGUGUCAUUUCUAAAGACCCGUCAGUAAAGAUUAAUAAGGACGAGCGCGACAUUCUUCAGCGAUCACAUUUGCAAAAAGAGCUGAUAUUAGCCGCUAUCGACUCCCUGGAUGCCAGAUCGAAGAGCGGCGGUUACUUGGUGUACUCUACGUGCUCCAUUUUGGUGGAAGAAAAUGAAGGUGUUAUUGAUUAUGCUCUUAAAAAACGAAACGUCAAGGUGGUGGAUUCUGGAUUGUCGUUCGGAAACGAAGGAUUUUCUCGAUAUCGCGAAAGACGAUUUCAUUCAUCGUUAAAACUAGCUCGGCGAUUUUAUCCACACGAACACAAUAUGGAUGGAUUUUUCGUUUGCAAACUACAUAAAACUUCUAACAAAAUCCCUCAGCCUAAAGAAGAGCUGGAUGAGGGAAGUGAGUCUUAUGCAGACUCCUUUGCGACCGACGACGAAGAUGGUGGAAUACCAAUUACUUUCGAGCUCAAUUCCGAAAUUCCAAGUCCUGUACAAGGUGGCGAAAGUUCCGAAGAUGACGACAUUCGAUAUUUUUUGGCUGAUGAUAUGGCGAAAUUGUCGACCAAUUCAGAUUCAGAUGGGAAUGUUGCCGAAGGAGAACAGAGCACUGCCGCCGAAGGGCAGCACUCUGCUAAAAUCGGGAGGAAGAAAAAAUUGAAAUCCCGGCGUAAUCAUCAGCGAUCAAAACCAGCUCAGCCCGACGACGAAUCUGAAGCUUCUGACGAGAAUUCGUGAAUUUAAAAACGACAUAGUCCGGAGUUUUGUUAUAACAUAUACAACACGGAAUAAAAAACCUGUUGCUGCUUGUGUGCACUGGCAUGGAUGUUUUGACGUAAUUAUUUCCGCAUAGUAACUUUUUGUUGUACCAAUUUUGGAACUGUUGCUUUUUUCCUUAUACCCACAGAAAACAAAUUUACAUGAGCAGAAAAAAAUGAAAUACGCAUAUUUAUGAAUAACAAAAUUAUUUUAUCCACA